AGUAAAUAUUGGAGGUGAACUCGAAGAGCAGACGGAGCGGUCUACUGAGAGGUUUUUAGAAGAUCGUUGGAGUGUGACACCCCCCCUCAGGGUUCGAACCUCCGCUUUCCUGUUCUCCUGCUCAUUGAUGAUAAACCCUCCUACUGCUGAGGCGGCUCGGUCGCUCGCUCGGUCGGUGAUCGGGGUCUCCAGCUGUCAAACUUCAGUUGAUAUGGAUUUGUUGCACCGACGCGCUGACUAAAAACUUUGGGAACUUCCAUUUUCUUCUGGAGAAAUAACUUUUUUUAUAUAAACUAUCAAGUUUUCACAAACUUUCCUCGAGUGGAAAACAUGCAAAAGUUAAAUUCCACCGACACGCAAGACAGCAUGCCCCGGGACGCGGAGCUCCAGAUGCGGUUAGCUGACAGCGGAGGGUCCGCGGAGGGGAAGGAGAACGGCGCCGGGAAACAAUUCCUCACCCGACCGGAGGAGGAACGCUCCCCCUGCUCCAAGAGGAAGAUGCUUGUUGUUUUGGAUCUUAUUUGUUUACUAGUUGCUUCCAUCCCAUUUUUUGCGUGUGAGUUGAAGGCAGUGACUCCGUACAAGCGAGGCUUUUUCUGCGGCGACUCCAGUAUCACUUAUCCCUAUCUGGACAGGGAGGCCAUCCCCGACACCCUCCUCAUCGCUGGUGGCAUAGCCAUCACCGGAAUAACAAUUGCAGUGGGAGAAUGCUUUCGAGUUCGUUUUCAAAGGGUACGCUCGCGUGCUUUUGUCCAAAACUGCUAUGUGUCCUGCCUCUACAAGGAACUGGGAAGCUUCCUGUUUGGUUGUUGUGUGAGCCAGUCUCUCACCAAUAUGGCCAAGCUGAGCGUGGGUCGGUUGCGGCCCAACUUCCUGUCAGUCUGUAACAUCACCUACGCGUCCAUCAGCUGCAUUACUGGAGACUACGUUUCCGACAUCCCCUGCAAACAAUCGAACCUAAAGUUGGUGGAGGAAGCAAGGAAGUCAUUUUUUUCAGGCCACGCAUCUUUUGCAAUGUACACCAUGCUUUAUCUGUCGUUUUACCUGCAGGCACGGUUGUGUUGGCGAGGAGCUCGACUGUUGCGACCACUCGUGCAGUUCCUCUUAGUGAUGAUCGCCAUUUACACAGGCCUGAGCCGCAUUUCAGACUAUCGCCACCAUCCGACUGACGUCCUCACAGGCUUCAUUCAAGGGGCGCUCACCGCAUACUGGGUGGCUUUCUACAUCUCCUCCAUGUUUAAACCCUGCACUCGUCCAGGUCUGUCUCCCACCAACAUGUCCCUGGAGAGUCCUCUGUCCAGCCAGCAGACCAUGUGCUAGCAAGUGUACAUAAAUCUUUUCAAGGAUCACAAUAUUCCGGAAAGACGGACUGCAACGCAAGGCUGAGUAGGAGAUAGCGAAGUGAGACUGUUUAGAGUUGAAAGGAAGGGAAUCGUUCCAGCAGGAGGACAGUACAAUCUAAUGCAUGCUUACACAUUUUUGGUCACAUUGACACACGUGCAGACAUAUGUUCACGUAACAUAGUCACACACUCACAUGUGAGAAAAAGCACAUUUGACGGUACGUGAAACCCGUCCCUUUUAAAAGAACUACAUAAUAAUGUUGUUUUAUAUAUAGAAAAAGAGUCUAUAUUUCAGGAGGAUUUGUAGAAGCUGCUAACGUUGAAAGUCUCCAGUUUGAUCCCUCAGGAGUGGAGGCCUUUAUGAAGGGCAUUUAUUUAAUAUAGCCCUUCAUAGCACAACUCAUCACUCUGGUUUGGAGUGCUGAGAUGCCAGCCUCCUCUUUUUUUUUUUUUUUUUUCUGCAUGGAAAAGGAGCAGCUGUGAACUGAGACCGUUGGACCUCAGAUGCAAAGACAGCUCUAUGCAAUUCAUCAGAUCUGGCAGGCACCACCAUCAGGAGCUGGCUUCAACAGACUGCCCUACAACACUAAACUAUAACCUGUGUGUGUAAUCACUGAAAAAAAGCAGUAUUUGAGCUGUAAUACAAUGCUAUCGUUCUUGUUUGAGUAAUCGAAGCGGCGAGUGGAAGAAAUCUGGUGUCCUUUCCUAUUCACCACCACUCUUCUGUACUAACCACUUUCACUGUGUCUCAGAGACGGAGGCUUGACUGAAUAUUUUGUAACCUCUGACUCUUGCCCCGGUACUCCGGUCUCUGAGCCGCAGCUUGAUUAAUGCCACUCUGACAGGAGACGCAUAUCUGUGACCCAGCUGCCCUCCUGCACACCCGUACUUAAUAGCACUUGAACAUAGAUAAUGGAACUUUUUAAUUAUGAUCAAUAUUAUAUAUUUUAUCACAAGUUGGAUUAAUCAGUGUUUAUUUCUAAUGUCAGACUCAUACACACUUUUUUUCUUCUUGGUUUAUUCAAACUGAAUGUAAAUAGUCAUUUCAUAAACCACAAGCAAUUUCAAAAGUAUUAGUUCCAAGUCUUGGACAGUUUUUGUGUCUUUGUGUAUUUGAUGCAGACAGAGGUGUGUCUGUUUGUGUUGUAACAACUAGACUGAGCCACAGAUAUUAGAAGAUAUCAGAAAAGCUAUAUAUAUUUGUUUUGUGUGUUCCCAGUUGCUGUUUGUUCUGUCUGUGAAUGCCACAAUGGCAAAAAUAACCACUGUACUCAAAAAAAAAAACCAAACCAUUAAAGUGAAUGUUGAAUAUUUUA